AUGUCUUCGUUUGCAAGUCCUAUUCCUCCGCCUGUUUUUGACUCGGACGAAUCGGAUGUAGCCAGUCAACAAUCCACCGACAGUAGUUGUUUAGCAUCCCAAUUCAAUCGACGUACUCGUCUUUCCUUUUCACCAAAAUUAACUAUUAAGAGUAGUUGUAGUCAAGUCUUACCAGCAUCAGCAACACUUUUCGAUGAAUCAACAUGUGGUAGUUGCAGUCAACCUUUACAAGAUGAUUCAUGCAGUCUUAGUCAGCAAUCAUCACAACAAGAUUAUAUUCUCAAUGAUUCGAUAAACAUUGAAUCAGCGUUAUCUCGAUUAACAACAUUAUCGCAAACCCCGUCCGAAAUCUCUUAUCAGUCGUCGCCCAUCUCGUCACAUGUCACCAAAUCACAUGAAUUCAAAUCACCGUGUCACCCUCGUUUUACGCCAUCAUCCGGUACCGUUGCACUGAAACCGGCAACAACAUAUACAGUCAAGUACGCAACGAAAAGCACAACUAAUAAUAAUAAACGUAAACGAAGUACGACGAGAAAUCGAGAUCCAGUAUUGAAGUCAGAAUUAUCUGUUGAUCGAGUGUCACUAAAAACACCCGAUCAAUCACCAUGUACACGCCGAAAAAAUCUUGAUUAUGUACAAGAAAGUACAUUUCGUUCACCGAAAGUCCAACGUCGAAGUCGCCAUCAUGAUGACUCUCUUUCUCUGACAACAUCGACGAUUUCCAGUCAUGAUGAACAAUCAACACUCAAGUCAAAAGGUGACUUAGUUAAUACAAAUCCAUUCAGUCCGCAAUUGAAUUCUUCGGCGAAUAAACGUGUGAAGCGUGAUUCUCCCUGUGUACCUAUUGUUAAGACUACAACGACACCCGCUCCUCGUUAUCGUACGCGUCUCGUUGCUAAACGUGACCAACAAGCUGCAGCGCAUGUACCAUCCGAACGUCGACAAUCAUCUCGAACUGUCCCAGCUGGUUCGCCAUCUUUACGCGAACUGACUAUUCGAAGAUUCGAUGAAGAAUUCCAUCAAGAAUCGUUGCUUGGCCAUGGUGAAUUUUCACACGUUUAUCUAUGUCGAAAUCGUCUCGAUGGAAUUACUUAUGCUGUUAAAGCCUCGAAACAACCAGUACUUGGUACCAGUUAUGAACAAAUGGCAUGGCGGGAAACAUGUGCACAUGCUGUACUGAUCUCACAUGAAAACUUAGUACGAUAUCAUUCAGCAUGGAUCGAGCCCGAUGGAAGAUUUUUCGUGCAAUUAGAGUAUUGUAAUGGUGGAUCAUUAGAAGAUGUAGUUGAAAAGAAUCGACGCAAUCGCGUCUUUAUGUACGAACAACAACUAAAACAGAUUCUUCAUCAAAUGAGCGAUGCAUUGGCAUUUAUGCAUGCACAAGAUCUAGCACAUCUAGAUAUCAAACCAGCGAAUAUAAUGUUAUCUCAAUGUUCAGUGAAUAUCAAUUUUGAUAAAGACGAUGAUGAUGACAACAACCAUAUUACUUAUAAACUAACCGAUUUGGGACAUGUUAGUCAGAUUAGUAUGUCGUCAAUGGAAGAAGAUGGUGAUAGUCGUUAUUUAGCAUUAGAAGCUUUGCAGAAAUCGCAUUCGAAGCAAUUGAAUUUAGCUAAAUGUGACAUAUUCUCGUUGGGUUUAACACUGUAUGUUUGUGCGACCAAUCGAGAAAUGCCCAAACAAGGCAAUGAAUGGCAACAAUUAAGAUUAAAUAUUACUCAAUAUUUAAAUGCAGUGCCUCAUUGUACAGUUCAUUUUAACGAACUUCUUUUGGGACGAAUGUGUAAUCUAGAUCCGAAUCAACGGCCAUCAGCGUAUGAGCUUUUACUCAAUCCUGUUGCCAGUCCAACAUUACUUACUAGUCGAGAAUCGCUUCGUCAUAGUCUUAAACGUGAACGUCAAAAGAAUCUAAUGUUGAAUAAGAAACUCCUUAGUCAUUAUCUUUUAACCAAUUCUUCCGACCUUCAAACAUUACCAACCGGUAUCAAUGAUUCGAAUCUUCCAUGUCAACAACUAUUAAUUUCACCAACUCAAUCUACUGUCGUACCGCAACAUCAAUACGCAUCUACACCGAAUGAUACCUCUCGAAUAUUAUUGAUAAACACAUCGAACUAUUCGACGACAACGCCAUCAACAAAUCUAAAUCAAUCCAUAGCAUCACCAGUACGUGGUGGUUCACUCGCAAUGAAACAACAAACAAAACCAGUCGGUACAAAUAUGUUUCGUCAUUAUUCGAGUAUUAUCUGA